AUGCAGCAGCCCUUGAAUUACCCAUGUCCCCAAGUCUACUGGGUGGACGGUAGUGCCACCUCUCCUUGGGCCCCUUCAGGGUCAGUUUUUCCCUGUCCAUCCUCUGUGCCUGGAAGGCCGGGUCAAAGGAGGCCACCACCACCACCACCUCCGCCGCCAUUGCCACCUCCACCACUCCCACCACUGCCUUCACUGCCACCUCUACAGAAGAGGAAGGACCACCACACAGAACUAUGGCUUCUGAUGAUGACUUUCAUGGUUCUGGUGGCUCUGGUUGGACUGGGGAUAGGAAUGUAUCAGCUCUUCCAUCUGCAGAAGGAGCUGGCAGAACUCCGAGAGUCCACCAACCAAAGCCAUACAGCAUCAUCUUUUGAAAAGCAAAUAGAUCAUCCCAUUCCACCCUCUGAAAAGAAGGAACAAAGGAGUGUGGCACAUUUAACAGGCAAGCCCAACUCAAGGUCCACCCCUCUGGAGUGGGAAGACAUGUAUGGAAUUGCUAUGAUCUCUGGAGUGAAGUAUAAGAAGGGUGGCCUUGUGAUCAAUGACACUGGAUUGUACUUUGUGUAUUCCAAAAUAUACUUCCGAGGUCAGUCUUGUAGCAACCAGCCCCUAAGCCACAAGGUCUACAUGAGGAACUCCAAGUAUCCUGAGGAUCUGGUGCUGAUGGAGGAGAAGAUGAUGAACUAUUGCACUACUGGCCAGAUGUGGGCCCACAGCAGCUACCUGGGGGCAGUAUUUAAUCUUACAAGUGCUGACCAUAUAUAUGUCAAUAUAUCUCAACUUUCUCUAGUUAAUUUUGAAGAACCAAAGACAUUUUUUGGCUUAUAUAAGCUCUAAGAAAAGCACUUUAGAAUUUUGUUAUGGUUCCUUAUCAUAGUCACUGGGAAAACUGUCUUGAAUGAGGAUCUUCUUAAGACCAAUUGAGAUUAAUUGAGAACAUAUGAGCCACAAAGACCUUGUGAUCACAAGGUCCAACAGGUC